GCCCCUCGCAGGGUCCGCCGCAGCCCCGCCCCAUCUUUCCCAUAGCCCCGCCCUCCCUUUCUCUAACUGUUUUCUCCUCUUUUGCUGGCUAGGCAAUCGGAGGAUUGAACGUAAAGCUGGGGAUUUCCGUAAAGCUGCUCUGAGCAGGCACCGUCUCGAGAACAGCCUUUAUUCUUGAGCCGGGUGUAAAACUUGACAGCGGUUCUAUUACAGAGUAAAAAAUAAUACUUGGAAGGAUAAAGGGAAGAGGUACUAUAUAUUAACUCUACAGUCAGACUGGGUUCCAUUCUACUCCCAAGAAUUCUGUCAUAAUGGGAGAUCUCAUUUUGUUUGAGACUGGAUAUAGUUGAAAUCAAACCACACACCAAGAGGGUAUGAUGGAUAAGAAGCCCCCAAAACCAGCUCCUCGCAGGAUCUUCCAAGAAAGGUUAAAGAUUACUGCUCUACCUUUGUACUUUGAAGGUUUUUUGUUAGUCAAGAGGUCAGAAUGCCAGGAGUAUAAACAUUACUGGACAGAGUUGAGAGGAACUACACUUUUUUUUUAUUCUGACAAAAAAAGUCCAACAUAUGUUGACAAGUUAGACAUAAUAGACCUCACAUGCCUUACUGACCAGAAUUCAACCGAAAAGAAUUGCGCAAAAUUCACCCUUGUUUUACCAAAAGAGGAAGUGCAACUGAAGACAGAAAACACAGAAAGUGGGGAAGAGUGGAGAGGCUUCAUUCUUACAGUAACAGAGCUGUCAGUUCCCCUACACGCGUCACUCCUUCCUGGGCAAGUAAUUCGACUGCAGGAAGUCCUAGAGAGAGAGAAAAGGAGGAGGAUUGAGACAGAGCGGAUACCGAGUUCAGCUAUAGAAAAGGAGCAGGAACCUACUGAAGAUUAUGUGGAUGUACUGAACCCUAUGCCAGUAUGUUUUUAUGCAGUGUCCCGGAAAGAAGCAAUCGAGAUGCUUGAGAAGAACCCUUCUUUGGGAAAUAUGAUCCUGAGGCCUGGUAGUGACAGCAAAAACUAUUCCAUCACUAUCCGGCAGGGGAUAGACAUGCCAAGAAUCAAGCACUACAAAGUGAUGAGUGUAGGAAAAAACUACACCAUUGAACUGGAAAAACCUGUAACACUCCCAAACCUGUUCAGCGUCAUUGAUUAUUUCAUGAAGGAGACUCGAGGAAAUUUACGACCAUUUAUAUAUUCAACUGAUGAACGCCUUGAGACCAAAGGAUUUCCUGUAUGAUCUCUAAAACUGAAAAAAAAUGUUUAGGGUGGCGGGGAUUGUGACAUAAUUGCUUCAUGUCAGUUAUCUAAUACUGUGUAACAAACUACCCUAAAAUAUGGUAGUUAAGUCAGUAACCAUUUUAUUCACAAUUCUGUGCUUUGGCAAUUUGGAUUGGAUUCAGCUGGGCAGUUCUUCGCUAGUCUCACUUGCUGUCACUUACACAAUGGUAAUUAGCUGGUGGCCUGCCUGGGGCUAUAUGUUUCAAGUUGGCAUCAUUCACACAUCUGAUGCUGGUGGUCAGCUGUAUCUGGCUGAACCACUCUUUUCACAUAUUCUCUAAUAAUUGAGUUAGCUCAAGCACUCCCACACAGAUCUCGGACCUGUUAAGAAAAGGAUAGCUCAAAUCCUUGGGCUAGAAAUUCUUAGUGUUAAGAAUCAAGUAUGGCCCUGUUGGAGGUUUUAGUAUGGCAGAAACUGUGAAUUAAGUAAAUAAAUCCGAGAGUGAAGUGUCUUAUGUACAGGGGCUGUACAUCUUUCUUUUUUAAAAAUUUAAUUUACAUGCAAUAAAAUUCACUUUUUGGUGUAUGGUCCUAUGAGUUUUGACAACCACCACUAGAAUAAAAAUACAGAAAGUUCUGUCACCUCAAAGAAAUGCCCUAAUUUUCUUUGUUAUCCCUUCCUUCUUUUCACCCACAAUCCCUGGCAACUACUGAUCUGUUUUCCAUUCUCCAAAAGGUCAUGUAAAUGGAAUCACAAAAUGGAAACUUGAGGCUCAUUACUCUCACUCAUCAUAAUGUCUAGAUUCGCACAAGUGUGUGUAUUACUAGCUUAUUUUUUUUUAUUGCUGAGUAGUAUUUCACUGUAUGGAAGAACUAGUCUGUUUAUCCACCCAACAAUUUAAAUAUAUUAGGAUUGAGGUGCUUAACCCCCAUCCCCAGGGUUGGUUAAAUGUCUGACUUCAGCUCAGGUCAUGAUCUCAUGGUUCAUGAGUUUGAGCCGCACAUAGGACUCUGUGCUGACAUAGCAGGGUCUGCUUGGGAUUCUCUGUCUCUCCCUCUCUCUCUGCCCCUCCCCCUGCUCAAAAUAAACAAACAAACAAACAAACAAACAAACUUAGAAAAAAUAAAAUGUAUUAGGAUUGUUUCCACUUUUUGGCAAUUACUUAUUAAACUAUAUAAAUAUUCAUUUUGCCUAACCUCUUUGCCUAACCUAAGAUCACAAAGAUUUUUCUUCCUAUAUUUUCUUCAAGAAGUGUCCUAGGUUUUAUGUUUUACAUUAGAUCUAUGACUCAUUUGAAAUGCAUUUUUAAGGGAGAAAUUAAUUUUAUUUGCAUUUAUGUAUGUAAUUGUUCUAGCAUCACUAGUUAAAAAAAGAUAAUCUUUUCUUAAUCAAAUAGCCUUUGCACCUUUGUAAAAAGAAAAAAAAUCAAUUGACCAUAUUUUUGUGGGCCAAUUUCCACUGAGGUAUAUUCCUACCCUUUUGCCAAUACCAUGCUAUCUUGAUUACUGUAGACUUACCGUAAUUCUUGAAAUCAGAAGGUAUGAAUCCAAUUCUGCUUUUUCAAAAUCGUUUGGACCAAUCUAGUUUCACUGCCUUUCAGUAUAAAUUUUAGAAUCAGCACAUUAUUUACAGAAAAAUCCUCUAGAGUUCUGAUGUGGAUUUUGUUGAAGCUUUAGAUGAGUUCUGAGAGAACUGACAUCUUGACAAUAUUAUCUUUCAAUUGAGGAAUAAAUAUAUCCCUCCAGUUACUUAGGUUAUCUUUUAUUUCUUUUACUGUUCUUUGUAGUUUUCAGCACACAGAUGCUGCACAUAUUUUGUUAGAUUAAUACCUAUUUAACUUUUGGUGCUAUGGUGAAUGAUGCUAUUUUUAACAUUUUGGAUUCCAAUUAUUCAUUAGUAGUAGACAGAAAUACGAUUUUUGUAUAUUGAUCUUGUAAUUCCAAGAUUCUAUUUGCUAAACUCAUGUAUAUAUUUCUAAGAGUUUUUUUUUUUUUUAAAGAUUUCUUGUAAUUUUCUAUGUAGAAAUCAUUCUAUCUGUGGAUACAGAUAGUUUUAGUUCACACUUUCUGAUUUGGAUAUGUUUUAUUUAUUUUCCUUGUAUUAUUGCACUGGCUGGGAGGUCCAGAACAAUGACAGAUAGAAAUGGUGAGAGUGGACAUCCUUACCUUGCUUCCUGUUUUAAAAGAAAAAACAUUUUAUCUUUCACUAAUAAGUACAAUAUUGGCUGUAUGUUUCCUGUUUUGUUUUGUUUUGUUUUUAGAGAGUGAGAGAGAGCAUGAGCAGGGGAAUGAGGUGGUAGAGGGAAAGGGAGAGAGAAUCUUAAGCAGGUUCCAGGCCCAGCAUAGGUUCCAUAGCCCAGCCUGAUGCAGGGCUCAAUCCUAUGACUGAGAUUGUGACCUGAGUUGAAAUCAAGAGCCAGAUGCUUAACAAACUGAGCCACCCAGGUGCCCCAAAUUGUCUCAUUUUAUUUCUCCCAGCAAUCUUAUGAGGAAUGAUUAUUAUCCUUGUUUUAUGAUGAAGAAAAUCACCACUUAAGCAGUUUUCACACAAGGCUAAAGUCAAAAACACGAGUAAAUGAAGUUGGAAUCCAAACCUGUUUAUUCCUGAAGCCUUUUUUAAAAACCUCAGUAAUUCUGCAUCUUCAGUGAUAGAUAUUUAUAUAUAGAUACUGAUAUGCUCUCUCUUUCUCUCUCUCCUCACUCUAUCUUUUCCUUUCUGUGUGUUGGGAGUCUGGGCUGGGCCUGUCUUAGUUGGGUCUUCUGCAUUUUUAAUAAAGGUGUUGGCCAGA